AUGCCUCGUCAAUCCAGAUCCGGUGGUGGCCGCGCCCCUGCACGCCCAACUGUUCCUCAACGACAAGUCGCUCCCCAGCAAACCCGGCCAGCUACUACCUCCGCCGCACCACCCGCCCCCCAACAAGCACAACCGCCUGUAGCUCCUCAGCAGGGCUCUGGCGCCGGCGGCAUGAUCAGCGGCAUUGCUCAGACAGCUGCUGGUGUUGCUGCCGGCCAUGCCAUCAGCAACUGGAUGUUUGGCGGCAGCUCUGCGCCAGCUGCCGAGCAGGCCCAGCAGGGUGCUGUGGCCAACAACACCCAGGCGAGCGAGCAGAGCAGCAGCUGGGGCCCCAAGGCAUGCGAAGGGGAUGUCAAGCAGUUCACAACUUGCAUGAAUGAGAAUAAGGGGAACAUGCAGAUCUGCGGGUGGUACUUGGAGCAGCUGAAGGCGUGCCAACAGGCUGCUAGCCAGUACUAG